AAACAGGAUGCUCUGGAUGCGGCGCUGCCCCCUCCCCCUCCCCCUCCAGGGGGCUGGCCCUCCUGCUUUAUAAGCCAGCUGGAGAAAGGACCUGCAGCCGGUCCAAAAGGAAGCUCGCCUGGGGUUUGACUGCGCGGGUCUCUAGCGCCUUCCCUGUAAGAAAGCAGCAUGCAUUUUAGGAACUUUGACUACAAUUUCAGCUCCCUGAUUGCCUGUGUGGCAAACAGUGAUGAUAUCUUCAGCGAAAGUGAAACCAGGGCCAAAUUUGAAUCCCUCUUUAGGACAUAUGACAAGGAUAUCACCUUCCAGUAUUUUAAGAGCUUCAAACGUGUUCGAAUAAACUUCAGCAACCCAUUAUCUGCAGCAGAUGCCAGGCUGCAGCUACAUAAGACCGAGUUUCUAGGAAAGGAAAUGAAGUUAUAUUUUGCUCAGACUUUACACAUAGGAAGCUCUCACCUGGCUCCACCCAACCCAGACAAGCAGUUUCUCAUCUCUCCUCCUGCCUCGCCACCCGUGGGUUGGAAACAAGUGGAAGAUGCUACUCCAGUCAUAAACUAUGAUCUUUUAUAUGCUAUCUCCAAGCUGGGGCCAGGGGAGAAAUACGAGUUGCAUGCAGCGACUGACACCACUCCCAGCGUGGUGGUCCACGUGUGCGAGAGCGAUCAAGAGAAUGAGGAAGAGGAGGAGAUGGAAAGAAUGAAGAGACCCAAGCCAAAAAUUAUCCAGACAAGGAGGCCGGAGUACGCACCCAUCCACCUCAGCUGAACUGGCUCGCGGACCCAGCAGCAUUCGGGAAUCACACUUGCCGGAGGGAUCUUUUACUGUGCACGUGGCCAGUCACAGCUUUGGAGGUGGCAGCUGUGACCACUGUGGCAGAAAUUCCAGUUCCUGUUGCUCUGAGGAGAAUCAAGGCUCCGUCUCCUUGUUCUAACGCUGCACCUCCGUCCACGUUCACGGACCUGACGGUGCCCUGGGCUACGCACUGAGUCUGUGGUCAUCGCACAAGGGCAUUUGGGGACGUCUUGAGAAAACCGAUAACAAUAGUGUUUUGUACUUGUUCUUUUCUGGUAGGUUCUGUUUUUGCCAAGGCCAGCUUGACAUCUGGGCCCCUGGAGAGCUUUCUCCCUGUAACCAGGGCGCAGGGCACAGUCCCCACUGGUCGACAGAGGCACCCCACAUAGCCGCCCAGCGUCCAGUGCAGAAAGGUUGUGGAAACAACCCUGGCACCAUGUGGAACUUGUGUUUCAUUUCCUUCCUCAUGUUCUAAUGUUUGUGCAUGUAUAUUCCUGAUUCUUCAGAACUAACCUUUGUCCGUAUAUGACAUUUCACCAUUGUUGUCUUACGUUGUCCGGGAAAGUAGGAAGCCAUGGGACAACAGGAGCACUUCUCCAGAUCUCUCUUUGCAGCCGCCCUCACACGGAUACGUUCACACAUCACCCUGCCCAGGUUAACGUGUGACGCGUGCUUUUUGCAAAGCAAGUGGUCUGAAAUUCCUGUGCGGAGUUUACCUGACACAGCUCAGAGAAGAGCAGGUUUGCCGCCACCUUGUAGCAGGUGACAAACGUUAGUUUAGGUGUUUGAGUUCAAACAUCCAUCUCCACUGUGUCUUUCAUGUGGUGGUUUAUAUACGUGACUCAUAGCCAAAAAUCUUUCUGAGAACCGUUGGUUGGGAUCGUUGGUUUUUUCACCCCACUGAAACAUCGAGAUAAGCCUGUAAAUAAAGCUGAUAGCAUAUGUCCGUACCCGCUGUACACAUGGGUGACAGAAAACGGGACAGUGGGAAAAUAGUGUAAGACGUAUUAACCUACCUGUGAGUUGUAUGUGGUAGAAAGUGCUAUUGACCUGGAUUGAAUUUAAAGCAUGUAGAGCGGGUAGUAACUGUGUGCUGGUGUGGAGGGAUGCAGUGCCUUUCCCCAUUAAUUCCUGACGGAAUUGUCACACUAGGUGAACAUAUGGAAUGUCUCUGUAGUCGUACUGUGUGUGUCUGGUAUGUAGGUAUUAUUAUAUUUUGGCCUUACAAUCCCUUAACAAUGUCAUUUUGAAAUAACCUAAUGCUGAGUAAUAAUGCAUGCUUUGGAAAUUUGGAAGGUGUUCUCCUUUGGGAAGCAAAUAAGUUUGCAUUAAAUCCUUUGAUUGUUCGCAACAAGAAAUUCAUCGAAUGUUCUCAAAACCCUGUUUACAGUACUUAGUAGGAGGGAGCCAGUAAGGAAGAGACCAUUACAUAUCUGUUCAAGUGUUUCUAGUUCAGUGCUUUUCAACUGGAGAGGCUAACCUCAAAGUAUUUUUUUUAACUGCAUUCUAUAAUAAAUCAGCACAAUAUGCUCUUUA